UAUCUAGUCAUUUAUUGUUUUUAUGAUGUGUAUAAUGAGAUGUCAGUACAACAGAACUCCAUGACUUGGGCAUUUUAAAUGAUUAUACUUUUAAUGUAAUAUUUUGCUAUAGUAUAUGCUAUACGCAGUGCUCCCUCUACUGGCAGCACUCAUGUGUAGUAGCACUGUUUCUGAAGAAUUCUCUAAAAGGUCUCAAAACCAUAUAUAUAUAUACACACACACACACACACACACACGCACCAAAUUAUUAUUGCCAAAAGUUGAAUUCAGGUGUUGUUUUUCAGGGGUUGGGCUUGGCCCCUCCCAAAUUUUAUGGACUUUAUGGACCUUGCUUUGCAGUCAUGUUGGAACAGGAAGGGGUCAUCAAACUGUUCCCACAAAGUUAGGAGCAUGAAUAACAGUGAAGCCGUGAUAGCGGACACGGAGGGAGACGUUUGCGUUUCCGGAGGAUGAGCUCAGCUACAACGGAGAGCUCCGUGACUAUGAGGACGAUGACAACUGGCCUAUGAGAGACCUCUCUCCUGUAUGGAUCCCACCACCUUUGAGGAGCCCAUCCCCACCUAUGAGAGGCCUCUCUCCUGUAUGGAUCCCACCCCCUGUGGGGAGCCUCUCUCCUGUAUGGAUCCCACCACCUGUAUGGAUCCCACCACCUGUGGGGAGCCCAUCCCCACCUAUGAGAGGCCUCUCUCCUGUAUGGAUCCCACCACCUGUAUGGAUCCCACCACCUGUGGGGAGCCCAUCCCCACCUAUGAGAGGCCUCUCUCCUGUAUGGAUCCCACCACCUGUAUGGAUCCCACCACCUGUGGGGAGCCCAUCCCCACCUAUGAGAGGCCUCUCUCCUGUAUGGAUCCCACCACCUGUAUGGAUCCCACCACCUGUGGGGAGCCCAUCCCCACCUAUGAGAGGCCUCUCUCCUGUAUGGAGGAGACCAUCCCCUUGCAGAAACCCUUCCUCUGUGAUGAGUCCAUCCCCAGUAACAAUACCAUCCCCAUUGCGGAGGCCAUCACCUUCAGGGAAUCCACAACGUUCCAGAGUUCCUCUGCCCCUGCCUCAUGUCCAGAUUAACCCCCACCACAUUGUGGCUGGUCAGCUGUAUGUUCCUGUCCCACGCCAGGGCAUAAGGAGGAGGAGGGACGAAGAGGAUGGCAAUCAAGAGGCCCCUCCGAGUAUGCAUGCAUGUGGAUCAGGAUGGGUAGCUGGAUUUCAUCAGGAGGAUUGUCCGAUUCCCCAUUCACUUGGUUUCUAUUUACAUGGGAGAGCUGUAAGUUCAAAAGCUCAGUCAUCACCUCAUGUUCAUCACCUCAUAUCUGUGAUGUAUGGUAAGUAUCUGUGGUAAGUAUGCGUGGUAAGUAUUUCACCCCUAGAUUUCAGCAGUAGUCUUUUAGUUAGACUUUUAGUUAUAGCAUCUAGUUCAAAAUGUGAGUCUGUUGUCUCUUUUGUAUUUUGCAUUUGUAUUUAGUUUGUGUUAAAUGUAUAGGAUUUUUAUAAGAUUAAUGUUGUUUAUUUAUGUCGUGUAUUAUCCUAAUUUAUAUUAAUAAAUAACUAUAAUUGUAUUGUAGAAUCAUGCAUUGUUGUAAAUAUGUAAAUAUUACAUUUUUA